AUGCUUCGGCGCAGAGUUCCAAAGUCAGCGGCGAUCACCAUCGACCGUCCAACUGAUGGAGGUCCACUCGCCACACUGAUGAAGAAAGUGGCUAGCUCCAUUGACCUGCAGUCGCUCGACGUUAGAGUCUUGACGACAAGGAAAACUAGAGCAGGAGGCAUCCUUCUCGAAGUAGAUGGAGCUGAGAAGGCAGUUCUUCUAGCAGAAAGGAUCAGGGAAGAGACCGGGGAUGCGGCUAAGGUCAGGCUGCCGGAACCUAGGGCACCAGUCCUUCUAAAAGGUAUCCCGGAGUGGGCGGAUGCCGAGAACGUCGUCACUGGACUAAGCCAGGCAGGCAUUACUGGUGUUAUGGGCGGAAAUGUAACCAUACGCAAAAAUACCGGUGGUAGAGGUGAGUACGUGGCAAGCCUUAAUCUGCCUCUGAAGGACGCCAUCGCACUAGCAAAAAAGAAAGUCAUCACUGUGGAGUGGACUAGAUGCAGAGUCAAACUGCUUGAGAAAAGUCAACCCAYCUGCUACCGCUGCCAUGGCAAAGGUCACCUGGCUGCGGAAUGCCUAAACGAGGCAAAGCCUCGUAGCUGCUUCAGGUGCAAGAGUGUCGACCACCUUGCCAAGGUUAGGUUAGGUUAG